CUCUACCUUUUGGUUUUUAUUCCGGAAUUAUAACAUUUUGUUCUUAUUUUAGUGACAAGGACUUACUUCCAGUUUUGAAUUGAAAAAGAGUAGUAUGUUGGGCAUUUUCAGUACUUGUAUGAAUUGUUUUACCUUUUAACAUGAUUGAUUCCUCAAAAUAGACGGAUUGUUAGUCAGUCCAGUAUUCUAGGAUUGUAUUUUAAUGAAAUUAACGCCGAAAAAAUUAACACCAGACGUUGAAAUGUUUUGGCGCUGAGCGUAGAUUAAAUUUUUUCAAGUAUUUAGCCAAGUAAGGCGAGACUAUGGUUCAUGACAGAAAAUUGGAGAAGAGCAAUAAGAUACUUAGAAUCAAGAGUGUCCAUGGACGGAAUAUCAGCGUGGUUAGGGAAGUAUACAGGAGAGAGGAUGUACCCUGUCAGAGUCAGCUAUGUCUUAGUGACUGUCAGAAUGUUUCAGGUGAAAGUGGACUAAGUUUGCUCCCUGCAGAUACAAACCAUUACCUUGUCCCGGACUGUCAGGUAGCUCGAGAAUUCCUGGAAAUCCUGGAGAAUCCCGUGGUUACAGGAAUCAUAUUCUUGCAAACUGUGGUUCAUUCAGUUCAGCAUGAAGGAAGUAGACGUUUAUACAAUAGACUAAGAAAUCUUGUCAAGGACAAGCGCAAAGCUUCCAUUAUAUUCCAUAAUGAAUUCCAGAAGUAUGCAUACUGUGAGAGAGAACAGGAAGAAUCACUCACUGAAUGGCAGACAAGGAGUACCUAUACAGCUGCAGAGUGGUUUUUUCAUCACCUUGCUGGACAGAAGCCCAUCAUUAUGGUGACCAAUGACAAACAGGCCAUUGAGACAUAUGGAAACAAGACACUUAAUGUGUUUGUCCUGUCUCUGGAGGAGUAUCUGAGAAAAUUCUGGCAGGCUCACAUACCAGAGGUUAUGGAGCUGUACGAUUCAUUAACAGCAUCCUUAGAAACAAAGGUCAAAGAGAAAGACUACAGGGGUUAUUUACCAGUGGACAUUUUAGAAGCCGGUGUAAAGUCAGGAAGAUUUGUGCUGGGUCACAUCAAUGUAAACAAGAACAAUGCGGGACAAGAGGCCUUUGUCAAACAGAAGAGGUCUUUAGAGACUGACAUGCCUGAUAAGGAAGAUGAUAGGGAUAUACUGAUACAUGGAAUGUCCUGCAGAAACAGAGCUAUCCAUGGUGACUUAGUUGUCGUGGAGAUGUUACCGAGGUCAGAGUGGAGAGGAAGGUCAAAUGUCAUCAAGGAAAGUCAAGAAGUGGAAGAGGGUGAGGAUGACAGUGCCUCUGACUGUAACGUCAUGCCGACCGGUCGAGUGGUGGGAAUCCAGCAACGGAACUGGAGGGAGUAUGUGGCCUCAUUCUCUCCUGACGAGAAAGUAAGUGAAAAAGGAGGGAAAGUGCUAGUCAUUCCAUGGGACUACCGCAUUCCAAAGAUCCGCAUCAGCACAAAGCAAGUCGAGAAACUGAAGGACCAGAGAAUAGUUGUCAGAAUUGACUCUUGGGACAUCGACUCUCAGUAUCCUAAUGGACAUUUUGUGAAAACUCUUGGACCCAUUGGAGAUUUGGAGGCAGAGAUAUCAGCCAUCCUCCUGGAGAAUACAAUACAUGCUUCACAAUUUUCAGAAGCUCAGAAGAAAGAGCUCCCUGUGGACACCCCUGAGAACCCCUGGGGUAUAGAGGAGGCAGAAUUAAGUAAACGCUGUGAUUUACGUUCAUCUCAUUUAAUUUUCUCAAUUGAUCCAAAAGGCUGUGAAGAUGUGGAUGACACACUCUCUGUUAGAAACCUAGAGAAUGGUAACCUAGAGCUGGGAGUUCACAUCGCUGACGUGACCCACUUUGUGAGAUCCGGGUCCCUGACAGACACGGAGGCCAUGAGUCGGUCCACCACCGUGUACCUGGCGGACCGACGCUACGACAUGUUACCAGGAAUUCUGAGUGCCAACUUGUGUUCAUUAAUCAGUGGUGUUGAUAGGUAUGCCAUGAGUGUAAUGUGGGAGUUGGAUAAGAACUUUGAAGUGGUUGAUGUUUGGUAUGGGAAAACUAUCAUCCGUUCCAGUUAUAAACUAUUUUAUGAGAUGGCACAAGCAAUCAAUGAUGGCAUAGCCACAUCUGAGAUAGUAAAAAAUGUUCCAGAACUCCAAAAUUUGUCUGAAGGAGAGAUCAGCAACAGGGUUGAAGAGCUGAGAUCUGCUGUGUCAUUAUUAAUGAAAGUAGCUAGGCACCUCAAGGCAAGGAGAGUGUGUGGAGGAGCUCUAGAACUGACCAGUGUGGAGGUCCAAGUAGAGCUGACUGAGACAAAGAGUAUCGAGAACCUCACUCCUAAAGAUCACCUUGAAGUCCAUGACACCAUAGCAGAGUGUAUGAUUUUUGCAAACCACUGGGUGGCUAAGAAGAUAGUAGAAUCAUUCCCAAAUCAAGCCUUGUUAAGACACCAUCCCUUACCUAAGAGUGAGCAAUUUGAAAAUCUGAAAAACUGUGCCAAAUCCAAAGGUUUAGAAGUGAAAACCACAUCAAACAAAGAGCUGGCAGAGACACUAGAUAAUUGUGUGGAUCCAGGGGACCCUAUUGUCAAUAGGAUUCUCAGAAUGCUGGCUACUCAGGCCAUGUCUGUAGCUUCCUACUUCUCCACUGGUUCCCUGCCCCGGGACCAGUUUUUCCACUAUGGUUUGGCCUUGGAUUACUACACACACUUUACUUCACCCAUCAGAAGAUAUGCUGAUGUGCUGGUUCACAGACAAUUAAUGGCCGCCGUAUCAGGGGAGGACACAGAUAUGUUGCCUGGCAACCAGGAAUUGGAUGAGCUUUCUGAGCACAUCAAUCAUCAGCACAGGGCAGCCCAGAAUGCCCAGAGAGAUUCCCAGGAACUGUUCCAGUAUUUGUAUUUCAAACAGAAACAUUCCGAAGAUGAGUGCUGUUUGGCUGAUGCUAUCAUAUUUCAGCUCAGGGCCAAUGGUCUCAUGGUCUUUGUUCCAAGAUAUGGUAUAAAAGGACCCGUGUACUUGCGUAACAAAGAAGGGCAGGUUAUAUUUGUAUCAGGCUCUGGUCAGUCAGAGUGGACAAGUGGCAGCAUAACUAAGUCUGACCGGAGUAUCUGUGUUAACAGUGAGCUGGGUUCUCAAUCAUUCUGUUUACUGGAUCAUAUAACAGUAAGAGUAACACCACAGAGUUCCAGGUCCCAUGCCUCUUCUCUGAAACUUGAACUGAUGUCAACAGAAGGAUACGCCUUAGAUCAAGAACUCUCAGCAACGGAAAAGUCAGCAAAGAGCCAGAAACAGGCCAUAAUAAAGGAGGUGAUGGCGGUAGCUGAAGAGAAGCGAAGUCAGACCACCACAGAGGACCAGAGCGCGAGAUAUCAGGCACUGAAGGCCGAAUUCGGUCAGACUCCCGACAAUAAAAGCUUGUACUUAGUGUUUGAAAAAUUCAGUGAACUAGCUAAAAAGCCACUCAGUUAGCACAGAGAAACACUUAAUUCAAAUGUAUCAUCAAUUUUAUAUGAAUUUUCUAAAAAUUCAUGGGUAAUGUCAUGCUAUAGAAAAAAGUAGUCUGUCAAUUGAUUAUCAGACUUCAGAAAGUUUUUCUAUUGUAUACUUUAUAUUGUACUCUCCAAGGUAAUUUUGACAUUAAAAUGGCAAUGUUUUACCUAAGAUAAAUGAUAGAGUACAUGUGUCAUUCUAUUAUAUGUGAGAAAUUAUUAGCCUACCUUUGGCUUUUACAGACAUCUGUGUAAUAUUCUCUUAUCAGUAACAGGCAUAUACAGUAAAACUCGGUUAUAACGAAGUCACUGGGACCUAUGAAAUUACUUUGUUAUAUCCGUAAUUCGUUAUAUCCGUACAAGAAAUUCGUUAAAUUUAUAUAGCUGGGGAUCCAAGAUAACUUCGCUAUAACCGUAAAUUCGCAAUAUCCGUGUUCGUACUAACGGAGUUUUGCUGUACAUGUAUUGUAAAGUAUCCAUUAAUUAUCAUUAAUUAUGUAAAUGUCAUCAAUGAACUGAUGGAGUACUGAGUACAUGUACAUGUAUUUGUGAGAAGGCAGCUGCCAUAUUAACCUGUUUGAAUCAUGGCCUUUAUU